GCGGUAACGCUCGCCACGACGGGGAAUUCGGAGUCGUAGAGCCUCAUACGCGGGUCAUAAACGAUCCGCGGCCAUACUAGAGGUGCACGCGCGAGAAUCGAUCCGAAUCGCCGGCGAUAAACGCAUCUCCCGCGAGGCGAUCGUCGCGCGCCGCGUCGCCGCCGAGCGAUGAGUUCCAAGUUCAUCAUCGAUAGCAUGCUCCCAAAGUACCACCAACAGUUCCACCAUCAGAACUUGUUCGCGGGUGCUGCGGCUUCGCCUAUAGAGGCGUCGCUGUCAUCGUCGUUAUCGUCGUCGCUGUCGACGUCGCUGUCGUCGUCGCUGUCGGGCGGGCUGGGCGCGGCGGCGCUGGGCGCGGGCUCGCCAGGCGCCGGCAGCCCACAGCGCUCCUCUUCGUCGUCGUCCGCAUCGCCGGGUGCGCCCGCCAGGAUGUACCCCUACGUGUCGCACCACCAGCAGUUCGCGGGCUCCGUGCCCUUCUCGGCCGGCGGGGGGCUCUCAGCCGACGACAAGAGUUGCCGCUACCCGACCGCUGUAGGUGGAGAUCCUAUGGUGAACUACGCGCUGGGCCAGCACAAUGGCGGCGCGGCCGUGUCAGCGGCAUCGGCGAGCAUGGCCGCCGCGGCGCAGUUCUACCACCAAGCGGCGGCAUCAGCAGCGUCAGCCGCAUCAGCAGCCACAGUGGAUGCCAUGGGAGCCGCCUGCUCGCAGCCCUCUGCCCAGCCCCUCCCGGACAUCCCGCGGUACCCCUGGAUGUCCAUCACUGAUUUUCCAUUUCCAGAUUGGAUGAGCCCCUUCGACCGCGUGGUCUGCGGUGAGUUCAAUGGGCCAAACGGUUGUCCCCGGCGACGAGGACGACAGACCUACACGAGGUUCCAGACGUUAGAGCUAGAAAAAGAAUUCCACUUCAAUCAUUAUCUGACACGCCGACGCAGGAUAGAGAUAGCACACGCGCUCUGCCUCACAGAGAGACAGAUCAAGAUCUGGUUCCAGAAUCGGCGCAUGAAGUUAAAGAAAGAGUUGCGUGCCGUGAAGGAGAUAAACGAACAGGCUCGCAGGGAGAGGGAAGAGCAAGAUCGGAUGAAACAACAGCAGCAGGAGAAGCAGGCCAAGCUGGAGGGGCAGCACCACGGCCAUCACGUGACCCACCACCAUGACCCCAUGAAGAUGCCCAUCGACAAGGGCUCCAACGACCUGCUGAAAGUGAACAAGGUCCCGACGUAAGCCGUGCGACCGCACGUAGGCAAUCUUGACUGAUUCUGUACCAUAUAGUGUGAAUACAUGAAUGGUGUUGCGUCCAUGGGGACCUGCGAGCAGUUAGUCGUUUCGUAUCCACUAGUUUUAUUUGCGGCUGGUUUGUGUGCCUCGUUGUGGAGGUGUCCGUGACUUUUUUGUAAUAAUGUUCCUUUAGUGCGAAGGACUUGCCUUGUGUCGUUCGCUCGGUGGACAGGCUGGUGAUGUGCUUUAAGCAUUUAUUUUGUUGCCAUAACCACACCUUGUAUUGCAAUAAUAUUUUACUAAAAUUUACAAAAGCGUUAGAGUCGCUAUAAGAUUUUACAUAGAAACCUGAGUGAAUUUCGGUAUUGUUAGUUAAGAUUUUAAAUCUGUGAAUCUCAUAGUAUUUAUUGCUACCACUUACUCUAAUCCAUUAUGUUAUAUUUUUUUUAAUUCAUAGAUAUUAUAUUAUGUACAUUUUGAUGUAUAUUUUAUUAUUUGUUCGCUUAUAGCGGGCUGUUUAUGUUAUUUCGGUCACAUUUUUUUAAUGAUUGUGAAAUUUGUUGUAUUCUAUCAGUUGGUUUGGAAAGAGUUACUUUUAUUUUGUCCAGAUUGUGAUUCAAUUCAGUAGUUAAGUCCAUAAAUUGUUGUUUGAUUUGAAACUUUUUAUUUGGAUAGUGUUAUUGUCUACAAAUAUAAACUAUACACUCAUAAUCUGAUUACAUGUAUAUUUAUAACAAAAUACGUAUGGAAGUACAAUUGCUAAUAGGUUUUCGUGUUUACGAAACUUAUGGUUUAUAUUUUCCGUCAGGACUUAAAGUUAAUAUUUAAAAUUAAGCGGUAUUUUUUGAUAUUUCUAGUUAAAAAAUACCAUUGUCCAGAAAUUUGGAAAUAGACCUCGAUAUUGAUAUGAACAAAAUGGAUUGGUAUUGCAAAUUCUGCGUCGUCCAUAUAAUCCCGAGUCAUCUGAUGUUCAAAAUUAUAUACGUAACGAUGAUACAUAUAAUAAAAUUACAAUAAUGUGACUAAAUAUAAAUUUUACACUUAAUAUAAAGUUGAGUAGUGUAAGUGUAUCAUACAUAGAUAAUAUAGGUUCGACUUUGUAUGAAGUAUUGCUAAGAAUAGGUACAUAAUUACAUAAACUGUGUAUGCUAGAAUAAACAGUGGUCACGCGCUAUUUAACCCAUUUGGAAAUCAUUUCGUGUUGUUCAAGUACAAGUUUAAUAUUUAUACACCGAGAGUCCUAGCAAAACAACACAAUAUUUACAGAUUCUCUUUGAGAUAAGGACUAAGGGAAAACGUGUUCAAAAAUUUCAUAUUCCAAACAUGUAAUCGUAUAUACGUACGCCUGAAUUUUACACAAUAGAAUCGCGUGGAUACAUUCCUAAGGCAAUAAGAAUAUUUCGUGUAGAUAUAAAAGUCUACUUAGAGGUAAAACUGUAUGAUCGCACGUUCUCAGAGCUUCGUUCACACAUUUGUAUGUGCACGAGUGACUGGGAUCCUCCGAUUAUUACUAUGAUACUUUCGCUUAAUUUAGUUCUCGACAGAUACCCUAAAGUACACAGUUUUUCAUAAAGGCUUUUGUGUAAACGAAACUAAUUAUAGUUUCUUUUUAAUUCCACGUUGUGCCAAAACGUAUGAAAAAUAAUUUAGCAAUUAAACAGUAAUUAUUUAUUUCCUCCGUGAAUUGCGAUCAAACAAAAAUAUUUCUUCAAUACGUAAUAGCAGAACAAAAUUUAGAAAUUUAAUAUUAGCAUUGAUAGUCACCAUUAUACGUAAAUUAAUGUCAGGGUAGAUUUAAAAAAAGUAAUAAAUAAAUGUAAUAGUUAUCUGUAUGGAAUUGGAGUUUUCGCUUAAUUUUGAUAAAUCAUCUCGCAAUAUCUGUCCACUGUAUUAUUCAAAUGUAUGUUAUCUGUAGAUGUAUGGAGGUUGCAGAAAUUUAUGUCGUGAUAUCAUUAGGAGAAAUUUUAAGUCAUCAAUAGUCAUAAGUCUCUAUUCAUCUUCUUGUAAGCAUUCACAUUCGUCGCAGACUCACAAUUCAGUUUCCGUAACUUGAAUAAAUGUACAAUCAUGAACAAACGCAAGACUCGACUUAGAUAAUACAUUAUGUUUACUUAUACAUACUGCAUCCAAUGUUACGAUGCCUCGUUUGUGCAAUAAUAAAAUCAAUUCAAAUUUCAUUAAACAUAGUGUUAGUAGGUAAUAACCUACAAAAUAAGGUUGUCGUUAGUAAUAGAAAUUAAACCCAUCUUAUUUUAAACUAUAAAAUCGAGAAUGAAAAUCGAACAAAAUGUACUUAAGUAACUAUGGUUUAAGUAGGCUUUAUAAAUUAUAAUGCAUAGUUAAUAAAAUAUCGUAGACACUUGUAAUAAAGUUAAGCGUACCUAAUAAAUCCGAUGGUUAGUAUUUGAUUAAAAACGCUUAAAAUUGACUAGUGUUAUUCGUAAUUAUUGUCAUCUUGGAUUUGUGUGAACAUUUUGGAUUGUAGCUUUGUUAUGGAAGUACACACGGAAUGGUUUCGACUUGAUAUAAAAAACAAAAAACACAAUGUGUGUAUACGAAUGAAAUUGUUAUUUCUGCAUUUUAAUCUUUACUAUGCAGUGUUGUUUCAUUUUAUAUACUUGAUUGUAUGGUUAGGUUUUAAUGGGACUGUGCAAAUUGUAAUCCGUGUUGGAAACUGAAGUAGUAACUUCGUUAAGCCAUCGAGUUCAUACAACAAUAGGUACAACUUACAAAUAUAACGUAGUAAAUAUAUUUGUGUAUGUGCGUCCGAUGAUUUAUGUCAGAAGGUUUUUAUUGUUUCUGUCUCGUAAAGAGCUGUAAUUCAGUUGAAACAAUGAGCAAUUUGCUAAAUACAUUAUAUACGUCCUCCAUCCAUAAUGCUGUCUUGCCAUAUUGCUAGCGUUUCUUAGGAGUCCUAGGUAUUAUUACAUACCUAACUGAGCGCAAACUUCAAUAUUUAUAUAUUCAAUUAAUUUAUCUACUAUCAUAAUAUGACCUCUUUUUCAAGCUGUUUUAGUUUUUAAACAGUAAUUUUUGCGUUUAACUUUUUCAUUAAGUUUUACAUUAGAGUCAUUUGUUACGUUGAAUCAUUACUUUCCGUUCAUUACGUUAACAUUAACAAAACCUUCCUUUAUAUUGUUAAUUAAAACGUAAUAUUCGAUCAAUUUUUAUCUUUAACUGUAGCUAUGUAUGUAUGUACCUAUAUCUAUAUUUUUGAAAAUAGGAAUUAAAUGGUCUUAACUUUAAGUAAUUGUAAAUAGUCGUGAAAGUUUAUGUGGCGCAUUAUUUUUUGUUUAUAUUUUUUUGUUUUAUGUUAUUAUGUAUUUAUGUAACGAGAUGUGUCGUAUUAAGUCGGUGGACUAGUAUAACUAUGUUCUAAAAUACAAGAUGUACCUACCUAAAAAUUAUCAAUUUCAAUAUAAAAAGGUCAUCGCAAACAAAAGGAAUUUUCUACUAAUUCUAUAGAAAUACUCUUUUGAAAUAAUACUGUGUGUCAAUUUGAACCUUAAGGUCAUAGUUAUAAUGGUCCAUGAUAUGAAUGUACGGCGCAACUGACUGUGUCGCGAUAUAUAAGCAUAGCUGGGCCGUUGUAUAUGAAGCCCGCAUUCAAUAUUGUAAUAUUAAUUUCAAAAAUUCAAGAGAAUAAAGAGUUAAUAAAACAAA